UUACGAGGGUUUCAACUUCAAUACGUUGUAUCUCAAUUUUAACAUCAGUGCGUUCUUACCGGCACAGACUCAGUAGCCGUUCAUGAAUUCACCUCAGGUGAAGUCUCCGCAUUUAAACGGCGCUCCGCCGUCGUUGUCAGUCCUCCUUGAUGAACUCAUUUCAGAAAUUCUUUCGCGGCUUCCUGUCAAAACUCUCAUGCAAAUGAAAUGUGUUUGUAAGUCAUUGAAAACCCUAAUCUCCGGUCCUGCUUUCGCCAAAUUGCACCUUCAGCGAUCGCCAAAAAAUACCCAUUUCUUACUGACACCAGAAUGGUCUAUGCCUGACGAGGAUUCGGAUUGCAGUGUCGUACCCUUUACCGUAACUGAUUUGAUAGAGAGUCCAUUGCUCAUCAUUGACAACUAUCGAUUGAGGCGUAUCACUAAUUCCUAUGAUCCUCAGUCUCACUACCGAUUGAGGAAUAUGGAUUGCUGGAAGAUAGUUGGUUCAUGUAAUGGAUUGCUCUGCUUGCUCGGUGGUUUUUGGGCUACCAAGAAUAAAAUAUUCUGGCUCCGUUUUUGGAACCCAGCCACGAGGACAUUAUCUGAAAAAUUAGGUUAUCUAACUGACUUUUGGAGAUUGGCAUUUGGUUAUGAUGUUUCAGCCAACUCGUAUAAGGUGGUGGCAUUCUCUCCAAACAAGGUGAAAGUUUUUAGUUUGAGUGACAAUGUUUGGAAAAACAUUGAGUGUUUUCCAACGGUUCCAUUUGGCCUUCAUCCUAGUAGUCCCGGCCGUUACCCAUUUGUGAAUAGUGGUGUUUAUGUAAGUAGUACUAUUAACUGGUUGGCUAUUCGAAAUAAGACUGAAUAUGAUUGGAAUGAUAUUACCAUCGACCAAUUUGUGAUUGUCUCGCUCAAUCUUGGCACGGAGACUUACCAGGAGUUGUUGCCACCUCGGGGUUUUGUUGAAGUACCACCUGUCGAGCCAUCUGUAAAUGUGUUGAUGGACUGUCUUUGUUUUUCUCACCGUGCCAAGGGAACUCAUUUUGUUAUAUGGAAGAUGAUGGAAUUUGGAGUUCGAGAGUCUUGGACUCUAUUCCUCAGCAUUAGUUUUCAAAGUCUUCGAAUUUAUCAUGGCAUUGAUGAUUGGCUGGCAUAUGGUUCUCAAUUGUUUCUAUUUCCUUUGUAUUUUUCUGACAGUAGCGACACACUGAUUAUUGCAAGCAAUCAAGAAGGUGAUGGUUUUUACAACCAACCGGCAAUUCUCUAUAAUUGGAGAUAUAAUAUAGUAGAGGAAAUUACUUCAAAGCACACCGAGAUAUUGUGGUUUUAUACCAAGGAUUAUGUUGAAAGCUUGGUUUCGACCUGUCCAAAGACCACACCAUCAACUUCAAGCACAUAUGGCAUUAUUGAUGGUUGAUGGCUUGGUAGGAAGAAAGGAAAAAAGUAUUAUUGGAGCUCUAUAUUUUCUUUAGUUUUAGUGCUCAUUUGGUAUAAGAUGUUUAUGGCUCUAUUGGUUCCUCUUUAGGACUACUUUGUAAACGUCGUAGAAUUUACUGCAAAAUAUGUUGUUUUACAAUUGUACUCCUAUUUGUGUAAGAGAGCCACUGGGAAGAAUUAUUGUUGCAUAAACAUCCAACUACUUUACGAUGAUAUCAACCUUGGUUUUGGCUAACACAAAUAUUAUUAUGUACAUGUGAUCCUCCCAGGCCCAGCGUUGAGACACAUUUAGUUUUUGUUGCAGAAGAAUGAACUCUAAAACUUGU